CCUCUCGUUGUUUUCCCAGAGCAAUUCCCCGUCGUUGUCCCUGCUUCUCAACGCGGGCGCGGACGAGAGGAAAAGAAGAAGGAGUCGCAGCCGGCUCCCGAUCCCAAUCUCAUCCCUUUCGUGGUACUAGCGGUGACGUUUGAGGGUUCGAUCAACAAAUAAAUCAACGUCCCGGGUCAUCCAACCUAGGCAUAGGCACGUGCUAGAGAGGAGGAAAUCCUAACCAGCCAGUCUGUGAUCAGCAAGCUAGAGGAGUUCAACACCACCAGGUGUCAGAUGCAAGUAUUGGCCCGAACCCCACACCAGUGGUGCCACUUCUAAAGAGACGUCCACCAGACUACGUAGGUUUCCG